UUUAUCUCUAAGACGUCUUAAUAUCUAUUAUUAUGUGUACUUGAGCAAGUGACAAAAGGAGUGUUAUUGUAUGUUUAGAGGGCUCUAAUAAUGCUAAAAAAAUUUUUUAAAAAAAGCAUAAUUAGAAGUGUCUUAAAUAGGUUUUUCAUGCUGUAACUACGAAUAUAUUCAAUUUAUAAAUAAGGAAUCCUACUUCUACUAUCCUUAUUCACUUGUUCAAUUAACCGCUAUAAACGAGGGAAGACUGUAUUGUGAUUGUACGAUUCUUGUUGUAAGGCUACACAUUUCCGGAAUAGCCAAAAUCCGUUGGAAAGGCAUCUAAUAUUCAUCCUCGGCAUUUGCUUAUCCCUUAUUGCACAAUUUGUAGAGAGUUUUCAAUGAUCCGUGAUGGUGGUUCAGCUCGUCUUUUGAAAAUAAAAUGCUAACACCUGGUCAACAUCCGCUACUAGCUGAUGUUGACGCAGCAGCAUUUUAAUCAGGUUGGACUUUUUACCUCCUAAAUGUUAAAGUAUGUAAUGUAAUUCCCUAUCAAAGUGUCACCGGUGAGGUUUAAUAGCUGACAAUGACCACUGAAGCUGAGAAACGAUGUCGUUAGUACAACUCAGAGCUUCUUGUUUGUGACUUAGUGACAUAUGGCGGAGGUCCAUGACCAAAUUUGGGGUCGUAAUACCUCGCAAAACUUUCGCGAAAUCUCGCAAAAUCUCCCAUAGGGGGCAUUAGUGUGAUACUCACGUAGGUAAAAAUUCAAAUAUCAGUAUAAAGUAUACUGUGCACCAACAAAAGCGGUUGUCAAUAAAGUGGACUUGCAAUAUUCCUGUAAUAACAUGAUUAAAAGUGAAGUUAAAAAUCUAACCUUCAUCUUAAUAAAAACGCCCCUAAUCAACUAUCGAAAAGUUCCCGGGAAAUGUUGUCUUUCUCCACUGCCGAAUCUCCCGCCACGGAGGACGUAGGUGGGUGUUUAAUAGUGACGUCUUAUCCGGGUCUCGGGGCUGAGCCAAUGAGCAUGGAGGACAGCUGUUGUCAGGCCGAGACGGACCAAUCAGAGAGCCGCCGGCGGGAACCAGCUGCUCUGUGUUGGAGGCAAAGAAUAUUUGGCGCAAAAGUUUGGUUUGGCUUUCGAGGAGAAAGACGUGGACGGUCCAACUCUGCACUGACUAGACAUUUGUUUUUUUUUUUUUGCUAAUUUGUUCCAAGGAGGGGUGGCCAAAAUGCCGAGUACGCGCUCACAGGGUCGCGCACAGCCCACACUGCCUUUCCCCCGACGAAAGUCCUGCAGGGUGUCCUCGAAGCCCAAAGCCCCCAAAGUGGAGAAGCGUGCACCUCCAUCACCGGUCCAGGUUGAAGACGAGAAGAACCUGAACUGCAUUGGACCGCUCUCACCCGGACGGAAGCAGCCCACCGCCCCGUCCCCUCUGUCGCCUAGACGACCUGCGGUGGCGCCCACUCCUUCGCCAGCCAGGCUGCCCCUCAGCCCACGGAAACGCACAGGUGAAGACAACAUCCUCAACAUGGGCACCACCCUGCUGGCGUCGCCGCCCAAACAGAGCAAAGUGUGUCUGUCAUCACCGCGGCGUCUGGCCUUCGAUGAAAACUCGCCCGUCUCGACUCGCUGCCAGCUGAACACACCCUCCCCCGUCGCCGCUUCAUCACCGAGGCAACAGGAAGUCCUCUCUGGAAGUCCUGCACGGCCGAGUCCGGAGAAGAAGUCUGCAUCGUCUCGACUUUGUGCAGAAAGGUCCCGGUUCUUGAGCGUGAAGAAGGCGCUCCACACCGCCAUCCCAGAGCGCCUCCUGUCCAGAGAAGGCGAGCGAGCUGCCAUCCGCGCCUUCCUGGAGGACAAGGUUGUGCGGAGUCUCCCCGGCAGCCUUUACAUCUCAGGAGCGCCAGGAACCGGCAAGACAGCCUGCCUCAACUGCGUGCUGCAGGAGAUGAAGGAGGAGCUGGCAUCCGUCCGCACGCUGUUGGUCAACUGUAUGAGCCUGAGAAGCUCCCACGCCAUCUUCCCGCUGCUGGCCGACAAACUGAAAGUGUCUGGAGGACACAAAGCUCUGCAGAGACACCUGAUGGGGCCAGGACCUGCAGUGCUUCUGGUUCUGGAUGAGUUGGACCAGCUGGACAGCAAAUGUCAGGAUGUCCUGUACACCAUCUUUGAGUGGCCUCACCUGCCCAAGUCCCGCCUCUGUCUCGUUGGAAUUGCCAACGCGCUGGACUUGACCGACCGCAUCCUGCCCCGACUGCAGGCGCGUCCUCACUGCCGCCCCAAGCUACUCAACUUCCCCCCCUACAGCCGAGAGGAGCUCACCGCCAUCGUCCAGGACCGGCUGGCUCAGGUGUCAGUGGGCGGCAUCCUGGACGCCGCCGCUGUGCAGUUUUGCGCCCGCAAAGUGUCGGCUGUGUCGGGAGACGCCAGGAAGGCUCUGGACAUCUGCAGGAGAGCGGUGGAGAUUGUGGAGUCUGACGAGAGGAAGAAGCCGGCCAACCACAAAGCUGCAGAGUCUCAUGUGAGUGUCCCUCAAGUGGCGCGUGUCCUCUCCGAGGUGUACGGCAACCGCAUGGCGUCGCAGGGCAGCACCUCCGAUGGGGAAAGUUUCCCCCUUCAGCAGAAACUUCUAGUCUGCUGCCUCCUGCUGCUGGGCCGCAGCGGUAAGAGCAGAGAGGUCCUUCUUGGAAAGCUUCAUGAGGUCCACAGCCGCCUGUGUGCUCAGAGGCAGGUGGGCGGAGUCAGCCAGGCCGAGUGUUUGUCACUCUGCACGCUACUUGAGAGUCGAGGAGUCUUCGCUCUGAAGAAGGCAAAAGAAGCUCGUCUCACCAAAGUAUUUCUGAAGAUCGAGGAGAAAGACAUAGAGAACGCUCUGAAGGAUCGCACACUGGUCGGCAGCAUCCUGGCGGCGGGACUGCCGUGAGUGAGUUUUUUUUUUUUUUUUUUUUUAGCUUAACUUAAGUUGAUUUUUCUUUUUGUGUAUACUUUUCUCAUUUUUGCUGAGAAUAUUUUUUAUGUCACGUUUGUUGAAAAUAAACGGACAGAUUUUUGCACCAAACUUGUGAUUAUUUUUUUUCUUUGGUAAAGGUCGUGUUCGCUGAGCUUUUUUUUUUUUUUUUAAUUUAUUUUGUUGAACUUUUUGGUCUGUAGAAUGAACAUGAAACCAACUUCGCUUGAGGAAUGAAGACAAAGGUCCUUUAUUGAAAUAUGUACUUUCAUUGAUGUACAAUGUAAACAUUGUGAUGUCAUCUUUGAUUGUCAACAUUCAAACAAGUAGCAAUGUGACCCGUGACCCCCACCUUUUUUUUUUUUUUGUCUGCCAUUUAAAACAUUUAGUGUUAAAUAUGAAAUAUGUUACAAACAUUCAGUGAGUUAUUUUUCUUCCCAGCAGCUAAUUAGCCUUAGCUCUUUAAAGCCGGUCAUUCUUUUUUCUUUGUCGAGUGUUAAACAUCAAUAAAUUACAAAAUACAAGUCACGCUACAAUCAAAUGAGUCACUAAAAAGGUCACAACUUGUCCAGCAUGUUGGACUCUAAGAUUUUUAUUUUCACUUUGGAGCGUUUGCAUAGUUUGAACACAAACAGAAGAAGAAAAAGAGAGCGGGUCUUGUAUGAUGAUGAUGAUGAUGAUGAUGAUAAUAAAUAUAUUAAUUGUAAUUGUAAAAAUUUGAGAGAAAAAGGUGUGCUGGUAAAAAUGUCUUGCUUCUGUGAUUAUUCUGAUCGAUCACGU